GUUGGAUUAUUAAAUCAUCAUAGUAUUAAAUAAACAAAAGGCUAACUUGAUGGAACCAAAAGCCAUUUCCAACACGCAUAGUUGAAUUUCAUUUUCUUUUGUGAGUGUUGAGUUUGGAGAAUCUCCUUUAUGGAACUUGAGGCUGAGAUUGAUCGGUUACCAAUUGACUUAUUGGCUCAUAUUUUUGUUCUCUUCACUUCCUUCACUGAUUUGGCCCAGGCUGGCAAGGUUUGUAAGAAAUGGAAACAAGGGGUGAAGGAAUCUCUUGCAAGGAAACAGAAUCUUAGCUUUUCUGGUUGGAAGAUGGAUGAUGAUUCCACCUCUAGACUUGUUUCUCAUGCCUACAACCUUAGAAAACUUGAUAUACCAAGAAGCCGGUGGAGUUGUCAAAUAACAGAUGCUGGACUUAUCAGAAUAUCGUAUGCGAAGUGUAUCGGCAAUCUUACAUCGAUUUCAUUAUGGGGUUUGACUGGUAUCACGGAUGAAGGAGUUGUUCAACUCAUAUCCAGAACUCGAUCUUUAAGGCAUUUGAAUGUCGGUGGUACAUUUAUCACAGACGAAUCUCUAUUCGCCAUUGCAAAAAGUUGUCCAAAAAUGGAGACGAUUGUUCUGUGGAGCUGCCGUCAUGUAACGAAAAAUGGACUUAUCGCGCUAGUUGGUCAAUGCCUCAAGCUCAAAUCAAUGAAUGUAUGGGGAACAAGAGUUCCUGUGGAAUGUCUUAACAAUUUGCUUAUCAUGAGUCCAACUCUUCAAAUAAAAAUCUAAAGCUCGAUUUCGUGUAUAGAUUGUUUACUGGUAUUCAAUUUGAUUCAUGAAAAGAUGAAUAUAUCGAUAUUCUUUCUUGAAUAAUGUACAGAAAACAUCAUGUUGUGAAGAUUUAGUUUACCGAAUAAGUUGUAAAACAUGAUUGAAGUACCUUAUUGGUUUAACAUUGUUUGAAGGAA